GCAAUUCCUCGAGGUUUUAUUACGUCACAGUAGGAUCUCACACCUGUGAUUGGCAGUAUAAAUAAUGACCUUCAAGUUUUAGCAGACGACAUUUUCGAGGGAAAAUCAAUACACAAAAGGUUAAUCUUCAGCUUUAUAAACAUCCGGGAUAUUGUUUACAAAAAGAAAGAUGCAAUAUUGAAGUAUUGAAAUGACCCUAUUGAAAUAUGCGGGAGAUGCGUUUACAUCCAGUAGUGUAUAGGGUCGGCCAGAUGCGUUUACAUCUGCUAAUGAGCUAUGUCGGCCUAUCUCGUAUACAUGCGCUAAAGGGUUAACCAAGCGUUUGACAGUUAUACAUUGAAAGUGAUUAAUCAUGCUUGAAACAACUUAUGUUGUACCAUUUUGUCCAUGAAAAGGACGUCAUAAGUUUCCAAAGGACAAAGCCUGACGAGAUGCAUGGGUGCACGCAAUUAAAAAUGGAAAAUCGAAGUUCGAAAUGUGGUCACCUACGAAGUACUGUACAUCUGUGAGAACCAUUUCACGGGAGAUGAUUACCACACGGAGACAUAUUCUGAUCCUGGCUGAUCUGCAGCUGUCCCAUGUUGCUGGAGUUUCUCAUCAGCAUCUUCUGUAGAGAACCGCUACAUGUACAUGAGGAUGCUAUUCAGAUUGAUGACUUCACAGAGACACCAGGGCCAAACUUCCCUGAUGACUUUGAUGUGGACCAAGCAACACCUCUUGACUAUUUCUGGCUUGUUUUCCCAAUCCAGCUCAUAACCAUGAUUGUGCACACCAACACCUACGCCCAGUGGGUACAGGCCAGGGAUGGAUUUGACUCCUUCUGGCAUGAGACUUCGGAGGCUGAGAUGAGGUCAUUUUUGGCCAUCAACGUCCUGAUGGGCAUCCAGCAGCUGCAAGAGAUAUCUAUGUACUGGUCAUCGAAUCCCUUCAUUGGCAACCCAGGCAUCAUGGGAACAAUGACAUGCAACCGUUUCCAGAAACUAGCCCAGUACUUCAAUGUUUCUGACAGGACCUCUGAACCAAGGCGCGGUGAACCUGGAUAUGACUGCCUGCUCAAGCCAACCGCGACAUGUUCUACAUGGACCCAACCACAGGGAAUGUCUUCCUCAUGA